GCGGGCCGGGGCUGCGGGGCCGCGGGGUGCGGGCGGGUGCCGGGCCGGGUCGAGGGCAGCCGGCGGGCGCGGGGCUCGAACAAAGCCGGGGCGCAGUCGACCGCCGCGACCCCGCCGUGGCCCGGCGCGCGCUUCGCGGCCGGCGUGCGCCAGCCUGGGCGGGGGCGCGGGGCGGCCCGCGGGGUGGUGUCGGCGGAGCCAAGCCGUGAACGACCCCGGGCCGCGCCAGGCACAGUGGGGACCCGCCGCUUUCGGGACCAGGGUCUGCGGGCAGGGGGGCAAGGCGGCGGGACCGGGUGCUCGCGGGGUGGUGUCCGCUGGCCGCUCGGCGCGCUAAGGGGACCCACCUGGCUGGUGAAAGCCGUGACUCUGCGAGGUGGGCGUCCCCGGUCCCUGCGCGCAGCUUGACUGGUGGAGGCGCCACGGGGCGCAUGGGGCGACGGGGACCCGGCCACGCCCGCCGCCUUAGGUGUUGGCAGUCCGAGGCACAAAGGGGCGCAUCCAGAGUGUGGGACGACGUUCCAGCAGCCCCGCAACCCUUUAAGGAGCGCGCGACAGCUCGGGGCUGACCUGCUGGCCAAGCUUCGCCGCCCUUAUUCGAGUGUCAAAUUGUUUUUCAGCGUGACACCUGGCCAACCUUCUCACCUAACAGAAACUUUACAGAUUCGCUUUACAGCCUUGCCCGCGUUCUGUAAGUUUGGCCUCGUGGUUUUCUAGAGAUAACCUUCUGGGCUUGGGGGCACCUUUAACAAAGCCUUAAGUUUUGAAAUUGAGAUUUAAAUUUUCCUGCUGUUUGUGUUUAGAAGAUAAGCUCAGAAGAAAGGGGGUGUUAGUCCUUCCCAUUUGAAUUUUCUCAGUGUCUUUGGUAGCUACGUUGUUUUCUUUUCUAAUCUGGUGUCCUUGGCAGUAUCCCUUGGUUUCCAUGAGCCUCCUUUUUCCCCAAGGGACUCACCUUGAUGGUCAUAGCCCUUCUUCCUUGAUGACGUGACAGGACCUGGGGGACUUGUCCUCAGCCUCUUGGCUAUUUUGAGACUACUUUUGCUGUGACUGGUUUUGACAAAUUAGAAGCCUCAGUAAACGCUAAAUAGGAAAGAGAUGACUUGAGGAGCAGGAGAAAUACAGGUUUAAAAGUGGGGUGUUUUUAUUUGUUUAGUCAACACUUGUGGGGUGCUUACUGUAUACCAGGCCUUAUUCUGAGGGCUUUGCAGGUCUUAGUUCAUUUACUUUCUCGUGGUGGUUAUUGUCAUCCACAUUUUAUCAAUCAGGGCACAGGUAUAGGGAGGCUGAGUGCCCACUGCUAAGGUAGAGUCCAGACAGCGGCUCUGCCCCGACAGUGACUUCUGGGUGGGACAAUGGGCUGGGCGGAGUCAAGCGUUGUGGCUCAGAUGCACAUGCUGGCAGCCCAAGGGCCUCUGCGGACCCUGGCUUUAUGGAGCUUAAGUGUGAUGAGUGUAGUCACUGUUCCUGAAGGUGCCUUGGCGUCAACAUUCAUCCAGUUGUUUGCACUUUGCACCCACCCCCUAUUAAAGCUCCCCGAAGUCUCCAGGCAAAAGUGUGUGUUGGAGCACUGCUUCCAAACCUCAGACCAGAAAGACUGCAUCCCGGGGCAGAAAAUCUGCCUGCUGACCUUUGGAGAUGGGUCUUCACCUUAGGCUGUCACCUGAUUUGACCUGGUAGGGCUCGCAGUCCGUGUACUCACCUUGCUGUUUUGUCCGUAAAUAUACAUACCCGGGGCUCUUUUACUGGUGUCCUGAGAGGGCAUGAGAGGUCCGUGUUCUGCACUCUGUGUCCACAGCACGUGCUCAUGCUCAGAGCAUGGAGAAAAGCCAGGGGUUCCUUGGAAGUGUGCAAGGUAGUCAGAGAGCAAGAAGUAUAGUCUUGUCCUUAGCGUAUGUUUGGAUAGGAGCCUGCCCGGCAAACUCCUACUCUGCCUUCAAGGCCCCACUGAAAUGUCCCCUCGUCAUGCCCCCUUGAGUCAUGUGGUGAGUAUAGCACUUUGACACAUCACUUGGGCUCCCAGGUUUUCGUGUCGCUGACCUGUUCUUGUUGUCUUCCCAGGUUGGCACAGUGUCCGGCAUAGUCAGUGUCUGGUACACGCUGGAGCAUCUGUGACACUGGUUCCAUUAGUGCAAGUGUUUGGGAUAGGCAGUUGUAUUCGCUUCCUGUGGCUGCCAUAACAGAUUACCACAAACGGGGUAGUUUAAAACAGCAGAAAUUAAUUUUCUUACAGUUCCAGUGGGCAGAAGUCCGAAGUCACAGUGUUGGCAGGGUUGGUUCCUUCCUGGGGUUCCGAGGGAGGAUCUGUUCCAGGCUUUCCUCUGAGCUUCUGGGGUUUGCUGGCAGCCCUUGGAGCUCCUCGUCUCUCAGACGCGUCCCCCCCACCUCUGCCUCCAUCUUCGUGUGGCCCCUCUUCCUGUGUGUGUCUCUGUGUCCAAUUUCCCUUUUCUCAUAAGGACACCAGUCACAAGAUUUAGGGCCCACCCAAAUCCGUGUGACCUCAAAUGUAAGUUGAUUACAUUUGCAAAGACCCUAUUUCCAAAUAAGGCCCUGAUCACAGACACUGGGAGUUAGGACUUGAACGUAUCAUUUUGAGGGACACAGUUCAACUCAUAAAAGAGGAUGCGUGGGGGAGGGGUGUACCAGACAAGGAGAACCAAGGAGCAGGGGUAGGAAGGGUCUCAAAGACUGAGGAAGUCUUGGGUGGUCCUGCCUUUGGUCUGCAGGGAGCAGGUACAGGCGCCAAAAGCGGCGGGGCUGGGAGAGCCAGCCUGAUCUGGGGCACCUGGGCUGCGUGCUCAGGUGGUUUUGCUUGUGGUGACCAAGCAUAGCAUUAGUGCAGGUGCGACGCAGGUGAGAACCACAGGGGACGUGACUUUGCCAGAGGUCCUGAGGUGGAGGUGAGCCGUGUCUCAGCAAACUCCAGUGGCCCUGUAGCUGGCCAGCUGGCCUGCAGGCCAGAACCCGCCCUGCACUGCUCUCCCUGGUUUGGGACCAGAGGCCGUGCUCCAGACGCCACCGGUGGGGGUGGGGCUGCCACCAUCUCCGCGGGCCGCACAGCUGGGCUGGGGCACGUUGGAGGGGCCCCCGGGAGCGGGCCUCGGCUGCCGUGUGGGGCCUCGUUGCCGCGUAGCACAUAGUAGUUGCUUAAUAAAUGUAAGUUUUAUCAUUACUGUUUGUAUUGGUUUCCUUAAUUUGUUUCCUUGGCCGGAGAGCGGGAAUGGUGGCUUGUCCCUCUGUACCCCCAGCACCUCGUGCAGGGGGAGACAGGCUCCACAGGAGCUGUGGGACAGGUGGGCAGCUGGUAUGGGCCUGGCACGGGAGAGUGAGACCAACAGGGCGGCGGCCUGGUCCCCGUGUCCUCUGUGCCCAGGGGCAGGGGCGGGCGCACAGGGGUAAGGGAUGGCCAUCUGGGUUGCAGGGGGAUGCCCUGUGCUCUCUCAGACCUGAAACUUCUCUUAUAGAAUGUGGGACAGGGGCUUGCCUGGUGGCGCAGUGGUUAAGACUCCUCGCUCCCAGUGCAGGGGGCCCGGCUUCGAGCCCUGGUCCGGGAACUAGACCCCGCAUGCAUGCUGCAACUAAGGAGCCCACGUGCUGAGACUAAGGAGCCUGCCUGCCGCAACUAAGACCCGGAGCGACCAAAUAAAUAUUAAAAAAAAAAAAAAGAAUGUGUAGGCUAAUUUGUAAGGGAGGUAAAUUGGCCGUUUAAAAUAUUAGAGCUGCCUUCACAGUUGAGGAUGGCCUGGGGACUCUGAGACUCCCACGAACUUGGCUAAUUAAUCAUUUCUGAAAGCGCUUUCUCCCCAGUGAGCAGAACCUGGGAAGGGUCUCCGGGAAUGGCAGUGAUCGUGUCCCUUCACUCUGGUCCUUGGGGCCAGCCCUGGGGAGGGGCGGGGAUGGGACCCGGGCCAGGGUGCUGCCCCUGAGCAUACUUGAACCUGCCCCAUGGAGGCUCUGAGUGCAGUCCCUGUGGGUGGGGAAGUGUAUUCUCCGGGAGGGAACAGCCACCGCCAGGCCUCUGUCCCCUCUGCCCAGUGAAACUGGGCACAGAGCCCUCCUGCAGGCGCUGCUCCAACGCAGGUGUUGCCCUGGGUGCCCUCUGGUGGACGAUGGAAGCACCUGGGUAAAGUCCACCCAUCCCUUCCUAAAGCAGUCGCCUGCCUCUUCCAGGGCUGUAUCUGUCUUCCAGAGUCUGGAGGCGGAGGGAGGGGCCACAGUCAGGGGCCCUGUGACACUCACUCGAGGUGUCCCCACUGCCCGGCCCUCUGCCCCUAGCCUGUUCCCUGGGCCAGUGGUCAGGGCCUGGGCACCGGCCUCUGUGCUGGGAGUCCCCUGCGAUCCCCGGGAGCCCCACCCCCGGAGUGAGGGGGGCCAGGUGCUGACGUGCCCAAGUCGCAGGACCUGGGCAGAGUCGGGCCAGCCUGGACCUCCUGCUCUGUGGCGGGCACCACGACUGUGCACCCUGCCGCGUGAACGUGACGGGAGUCAAAAGGCUCCAGGGAGAAGGUGCUAGAUGUUUGUGCCGCGAAGGCUCCUGAAACGUGGUCCCGGGCCCGAGCAGAUGGGCGAUUGCACCGGGGCUGCUCGGGGUUCUCUUUGUUGCAGGGGUGGAGGAUGGGCAGUGGGCCCUGGGAUGGGGUGAGGGGGGAGUCCCGUGGAGCUGGGGGUGUGUGGUUUCCUGGGUUCAGACUCUCAUUCAGCUGUAACAGUGCACAGCCCAGCCCCUGCUGGGCCUCAGGUUCCUUGUUUUAAGGAGGAUGACGUCGUGGUUAGACGUGAUCACCUGGCACAGGAAGGCACGUGACCUUGCAAGUGACGGUCUCAGCCUUUUGAUUGGACCCUUGACUGGAAGUGAUGAGUGGAUUCUGAAGGGGAGGAGAUUCCAAACCACAGGAAGCCACCUGGAGUCCAGGGUCGAGGCAGAGGGAGCUGCGCUCACGGGGGCGGAGUGGUGGUGACUGAGACAGGAGGUGGCCCCAAGUCGCUUGAGGAAGGUGAACAUGUGUUUGCAGUUGUGUCCACGUUAACGUGUCUUAUCGCGUCCUUAGAGUCUUUGGAAGUUGAACACGUGUGUCAGACACAGGUAGGACCACGAGGCGGGGGCCAGCCCUUCCCAGGGACACCAUGGGAGUAACGUUUGGGGUUUUUUGAAACCCACACACCUGAUUCACGGAUUCUCCAAUCAGGUAAAUAUGUUUGAAGGGGUCCUGUCAGCGUCCAUCAGCAGAGUCUGCGGUGCAGUUCGUGCGUCCCCUGCAGUGGUGGCUGCCCGUGUGCUGGGGAGAAGAAGCCCUGAUCAAUUAGCAGCGUCGGUCCUGAGAGCUGCGGUGGGAAGAAGGGUUCAGCCACCUGGUGAUGCUCACCCAGCUCUCCAGCUGGCCCCGGGCUUGUCCCGCUCAUGCCUCGGGUGGUUCCCAAGACUGAUCUCACGUGGAGUCCACCCCAUGUGUGGGGGGCAUGCACUGUGGCCUUGUUUGUAGCUACAGAAGCCAGAGACUGACUGAGUACCACGUGUUUGUUUGUUCCGUGGAAUUCUCUGGAGCCUAGGAAACAAUGAGGGGGGCAUCUUUGUGGCUGAAACGGGACAGUCUCCAAGAUAUCAGGGAGACUGGGAGACCAGCGGGACGGGAAUGUUCCCUGUGUGCACGCAGCGGGGACGGGGGGCAGGGGAUGCUUCCAGAGCUAUCCGAGGUCGGCUGGAAUGGCAGCCGAGGGUGGGAGGUGCAAGGCCCACCCUUCCCUUGGGGCUGCCUGGACUUCAGCCCAUCCAUGAACCUCUUCCCACUUAAAGGGCAGCAACUUUGUUAAUUACAAAAACAGCCACAGGGAGGUUGUGAAGGGUCUUUCUGCCCAUUGUGGGGUGACCUGAGCCCCCCUCAGCGGCAAGCCUCAGGGCUUCCAGGCCCCUCUGUGGCCCCUAUUCCAGGGUCGUCGUGAGGGACCACUCCCCCUUCAGAGAUCCUCACCCAGGUUCCCCCGGUGGCCCCAGCCCAGCUCUUUGUGGUCUCUAGGACCCCCAGUCCCUCGCCCUCCCAGUUCCCUGUCAUCCUCGCUCCCUCACCCACCCAGUCCGGACCCCACGUGUGGCGCCCACAGCCCCAGACAUGUCCCCUGAGCCGGGCCCUGCGUCCUCGCCUGCGUGUCCUCACGGCCAGGCAGGCCCACGGGCAGCGGAGCUCCCACGUCAGUCAUCGGUUCCUUCACAGCCGAGUCCAGCCCCUUGUAAAGCCUGUGGUUGAUCGUCACAGAAACAGCAGCCAAGGAGGGACACCCCCCGGGUCUGCACUGUGUUCCCGCCCCCACGGGGAGGCUUGGUGUGAGGCCCGUGCCUUCAGGUGCCCUCUCGGAGCCCUGAGACCACCAGGGUGACCACAUGCAGAAGGCCCCGAACUGACCCCAGCGCUGAGCCCACGUGAGACCCGCAGCAGACCCACCCUGACAGCCCAGAAUCACAAGAACUAAGGAACUGUCGCUUUCACCACGGCACGUGGGGAUGUUUAUGAUGCAGCGGCGGGUAACAGAGGCGCCCGUGUGUGUUGUGACCUUGGUCCCAUCAGCCUCUGCAGUCAUCCCAGGCUCAGGUUCAGAAAGUCACCCUCUUUGCUGGGCACAGGACUCCCUGUCCCCCAGCUGCCCCACCGUUCCCCGUCUCCGACGUGCCACACCCUCUUCUCCAGGUUCCUGGAACUUUGUCUCCGUUUUUGGACGUGCCCUGCUCCACCAGGCCUUUUACCUGUGCUGUCCCCUCCACCUGGGCUGCCCUUCCUCUCAACUCCACCGGCACGUUCCCGGUCAGCUUUCCAGCCAUGGCCCAGAUGCUAUCCCUGGGUGCCCACCGGGGUGUCCGCUGCUAAAAUCAUGAUCGACACGCUGCCGCCUUGGGGCACCAAGCAGACGUGUGCCCACGGCCGUCUCUCCCCAGCUCUGGCCGCCUGCUGCCUGCUCCGCCGUGAGCAUGAGUGGGGUCUGGCCGCCUCUCCAUCGUGCUCGCCUGGGCCUAGGACAGGCCUUCAGAGACGGGGAUCUCACCACCACUCGGCGGCUGUGGCCUUCGAUGCUGAGCUCCAGCUCCUCCAGAUGAUGUGGCCACCGUCUCUACUCUCUGCCCCCAGCAUCCUCGCCUCCGGAGGCCCUGGGCCACGCCUGGCACUUGGGUUUCAGCCCUCCGGCUUCAGAGCCUUUCUCUGCGACAUCACCUGCCCCGUCACCCCUGAAUCUAUAGAAAAUCAGGCUUCCCAAGAGGGCAGAGAGUGAGGGAUGUGCCUUCUGUGCAGGAAUACACAGAAUCACGUGUGAGGAAGCUCAGGAGACACAGCAAUAAGUACGUGAAGAAGCAGAUCGCUAAUCUUCCCGUCAGUUAAGUGGUGACUUUAUUUUUCAGCUGUGUACUAGGGAUACACAUUUUUAGACACACACCAGGGAGAGAGAAGAGUAGGUAAGCCCCUGGACCCACCCAGCCCCGGCAAUCCCAGACGCUUGAGAAUCAUCUCUUACACAAUGUUGUAAAGCAGCUAUACUCCAAUGUUAAAGAAAUAGAAAAAAGGAAAAAAUUUAAAAGAUCAAAAAAAGAAACUUUAAAAAAAUAAUAAAAAUAAAAUCACCUUUUAAAUGAUAACAGUAACAAAUGCUUCUCUUAGAAAUUUCAGUGAACACAAAGGCAUGUAAGAAAUAAGAUCUAUAUUCUAAUCUCCAAUCUGGAGAGAGCCAGGGUUUCCCUCCUGUCACCUAUUUCUUGUUUCUAGGUUAGAUUAGAUUACUCAGCAAAACCCUGCCUGCACAUAAAGAAUCAAAUAGUGCUGUGGAGCUUGUAUUAAAAAUUAGGGGUCAUUCUUUCACCCCUGUGCUGUUUCCCACCUCCCAGCAGCACCCUCUGGCUCUCAUCAUUGCUAAACCAAGUGGCUACUUCUGGAAUGCUUUUAGCUUUAAGCAUUGUCUGUUGACUUAAUGCACUCAGACUAUGAUAACAGAAUACCAUGGACAUUCAUUAGUCACAGCCAGGCGGCUGCAAGUCUGAGACCAAGGUGGUGGCAGAGUUGAUUCCCAGCGAGGACCUGCUCCCUGGCUUGCAGACUGUCAUCGUCUCGCUGUCUUCACACAGCAGACAGAGGAUGCUCUGGUGUUGUCUCCUUCUCACAAAGGCAGUGAUCUCCUGAUGGGGGCUCUACCCCCAUGACCUCAUCUAAACCUAAUUACCUCCCAAAGGCCCCACGUCCGGGUGCCAUCACAUUGGGAGUUAGGGCUUCAACAUAGGAGUUUUGGUGGGACAGCAGAUACUCAGUCCAUAACAUUUGCUGGCCUCACAUGAUGAUGAUGGAAAAGGGGGACUUGGCUCAUUUGCAUGCCCCUCCCCCACCACACACCUGUGCUCCCGUUGCCCCAGUAUGGCUUCCUGGUGGUUGGGAUUAGAUUCACCUCUGGCUGUGAUGAUGAAACCGUUGUUCCAUGCAGGAUCACAUGCUCAUUUUUCCUGCCCAGUCUUGUCUUUUCCCUGCAGUUGGCAAUCUCACUUUUUUUAAAAAAAUAAAUUUAUUUAUUUAUCUUUGGCUGCUUUGUUUCUUCAUUGCUGCGCAUGGGCUUUCUCUAGUUGCGGCGAGCAGGGGCUACUCUUUGUUGUGGUGCACAGGCUUCUCAUUGCAGUGGCUUCUCUUGUUGCGGAGCACGGUCUUUAGGUGCAUGGGCUUCAGUAGUUGUGGCACGCGGGCUCAGUAGUUGUGGCUUGCGGGCUCUAGAGCGCAGGCUCAGUAGUUGCAGCACACGGGCUUAGUUGCUCCGCGGCAUGUGGGAUCUUCCCGGACCAGGGAUCGAACCCGUGUCCCCUGCACUGGCAGGCGGAUUCUUAACCACUGCGCCACCAGGGAAGACCCCUCACUUUAUUUUUAAUCACUUCUCACUAGUUUAUCCCAGACUUUCUUCCAGCCAUGGAAGCCUCCUCAGCUCAGGUAGUCUGUCAGUCUUUCUCCUCUGAAAGACACCUUUAGUCAGGUUAUUCUUUUCAGAAAGUCCCCGUCAGAAUUGGCUAAUCCUUCCUCAGGAAAUCUCUCUCAGGAUGGGGUCAUCCCUCCUCAGAAACUGCCUCUCAGGAUCAGGUCAUCACUCCUCAGAAUCUCCCCCACAGGAUCGGGUCAGGACUUUUCUGAAAGUCUCCCUCAGUGUCAGGUCAUUCUCUUCAGGAAGUCUCCCUGGGGAUUGGGUAAUCCCUCUCAGAAAGUCUUUCCAAGGAUAGGGUUGUCCCUCCUUAGGAAGCCUCUGACUGAUCUGGGCCAUCCAUCUUCAGGAAGUCUCCCUCAGGAUCGGGUCAUUCUUCCUCAGAAAGUCUCCCUCAGGAUCAGGUCAUUCUUCCUCAGAAAGUCUCCCUCAGGAUCGGGUCAUUCUUCCUCAGAAAGUCUCCCUCAGGAUCAGGUCAUUCUUCCUCAGGAAGUCUCCCUCAGGAUUGGGUCAUUCUUCCUCAGAAAGUCUCCCUCAGGAUCAGGUCAUUCUUCCUCAGAAAGUCUCCCUCAGGGUCAGGUCAUUCUUCCUCAGGAAGUCUCCCUCAGGAUCAGGUCAUUCUUCCUCAGGAAGUCUCCUCAGAAUCAGGUCAUUUUCCCCCAGAAAGUCUCCCUCAGGGUCAGGUCACCCCCUGCAGAAGUCUCCUUCGAGAUCGGUUCACCCCUCCUCAGAAAGUCCCCUCAGAUUUGCACCAUCCCUCCUCAGGAGUCUCUCUCAGGAUCAGCUCAUCACUCCUUCGAAAGUCUCCCUCAGGAUCAGGGUAUCUCCCCUCAUGAAGUCUCUCUCAGGUCCUGUUAUCCCUCCUCAGUGUCUCCCUUAGGCUCCUGUCAUCCCUCCUCUGGAAGUCCCUCGAGGAUUUGGUCGUCACUCAGGGGUUCCUGCUUUUGAUCCUGUCGUCGCUUCUAUAGAGGCUCCCUUGCAAUUGGGCCAUUGCUCCUUUGCUGCCCGAAGCUUCUAUCCUGUGUGGAGGUGCUCAGUACUGUGCUUUUCACUCCAUUCAUUUUUAGGACCUUGCUGUGCCCCAGUGUGUUUGUCAAGCUGGGUCCUUUGAGAACCUUUCCAUCUGGACAUUCACAUCCUUCAAUUUCUGAGGGAAAGUCUUGAACAAUUAUUUUUGUUUUUUAUAAAUUUUAUUUAUUUAUUUAAUUUUUUGGGCUGCGUCGGGUCUUAGUUGUGGCAUGCAGGACCUUUCAUUGUGGCAUGGGUUCUUCGUUGUGGUGCACGGGCUGCUCUCUAGUUGUGGUGUGCAGAUUUUUUUUCUCUCUAGUUGUAGCAUGUGGGUUUUCUCUUCUCUGGUUAUGGUGCACGGGCUCCAGAGGGCAUGGACUCUGUAGUUUGCGGCACGUGGGCUCUCUAGUUGAGGCACGUGGGCUUAGUAGCCCCACGGCAUGUGGGAUCUUAGUUCCCAGACCAGGGGUCGAACCCGCGUCCCCUGCAUUGGAAGGCGGAUCCUUUACCACUGGACCGCCAGGGAAGUCCUUUGAACAAUUAUUUUUGGAUGCAUUUCUUCCUUCCUGUCUUUCUGAAAGUCCUAGAAGAAUUGUUUUUGGCCAUUUGGAUUGUCCUUCAAUUUCAUCACCCUUUCUGUUUUCUACAUUGGUCUUUUGCUCUGCUGUCUAGGAGUUUUCUACUACUUCAUGUUCCAACUCUUCUGUCGAUUUUUUUGUUGUGGUCAAUGUAUUUUAAAUACCCCAGAGCUCUUUUUGUUCUUUGUUCUGUUUAAUAGUGUGUUAUUUUAAAAAAAAUAGAUCCAAUAACUUCUUUUAUCUUUGAGGAUAUUAAUAAUAGUUGGGUUAUCUUUCUUUUUGUAUUUUAAGUUUCCUUCUUGCAUAAUCUUCGUCUCCUCCAGCUUUUGGCCUCUGUCGCUGGUUUUGUUGGAUCUAAUUUACAGGCUUCCGGGAAACGCUGGUGCGGGUCACCCAUCUGAGGUCUUGGCUAGAGGUGUCCCCCUGCUGUCGAUGUCUGGUACUUUCCUCCUGGGCUGGUCAUUUUCCCUGAAUCCCCCCUUGGGGACUCCUGCCAGGUAGCUGUGGGGAAGGUCCCAGAGCCUCAGCCCUCCCAAGCCUGGUGAGUCCCCAGUGUGGGUCUGCGUCACAUCCGGCACCUGGGUUCUGCUAAUUCAGUUCUUGCUCUUCCAGUUGCUUCCGCUUCUAGAAUCCUGCUGCCUGCGCAGCUGUUUCAGCUGUGUUCACUUGGUCCUGGUGAAGGGUUACUGUCUUCACCCCUUUCCCACCAGCCAGGUCUGGGAGGGUUUGGACCUCAGCGCACACCCAGCCCGCCAUCCUCCCCGCAAUGUGUCCUGGUCUUUUUUCCAUAACUUCACUGAGAUGAAGUUAUGGAAAACUUCAUCUCAGUGAAGUUAGUACCUUGCUUAAAAAAAAAUAUCCUAACAGUGUAACAUUUUUCUCCGGCUUGUAAAAACUACAAAGACGUUUGUAAUGUCCGGUUAACGACUCAUCCUGUGGUUUCCUGUCAUUGCUUAAGUCGUCCCGUCACUGAGCAUUUGGCGUCCCCCCUCUUUCGAGCUGACACGAAUGACGCUGAAAUGGACACCCGUGCGUGCAGAGUGUGUGGCCUCGGGAGAGGAUUCCUGCCGGGCAUCGGGAGGCCAGGAGAUGCUGGACGAGAACCACCACCUGAUCCAGUGCAUCCUGGACUAUCAGAGCAAGGGCAAGACGGCCGAGUGCACCCAGUACCAGCAGAUCCUGCACCGGAACCUGGUCUACCUGGCCACGAUCGCGGAUUCUAACCAGAACAUGCAGUCCCUGCUGCCCGCCCCGCCAACCCAGAGCCUGGCGCUGGGCCCCGGAGGGCUGUCGCAGAGCGGCUCGGGCCAGGGCCUGCACUCGCAGGGCAGCCUCAGCGACGCCAUCAGCGCGGGCCUGCCGCCACCCUCCCUCAUGCAGGCCCAGAUCGGCAACGGUCCAAACCACGUGACUCUGCAGCAGACGGCGCAGAGCACGCUGCCCACCACCUCCAUGAGCAUGUCCGGCAGCAGCCACGGCUCGGGGCCCGGCUACAGCCACUCGGGACCGGCCUCGCAGAGCAUCCCCCUGCAGGGCCAGGGCGCCAUCAGCAGCUACGUGUCCCGGGCCAACAUCAACAUGCAGUCCAACCCAGUGUCCAUGAUGCACCAGCAGGCAGCCUCGUCCCACUACAGCGCGGCCCAGGGCGGGAGCCAGCACUACCAGGGCCAGUCCAUGGCCAUGAUGGGCCAGAGCGGGCAGGCGGGCAGCAUGAUGGGGCAGCGGCCCAUGGCGCCCUACCGGCCCUCCCAGCAAGGCUCGUCCCAGCAGUACCUGGGCCAGGAGGAGUACUACGGCGGCGAGCAGUACGGCCAUGGCCAGGCCGCCUCGGAGCCCAUGAGCCAGCAGUACUACCCGGACGGACAUGGCGAUUACGCCUACCAGCCGGCGUCCUACACGGAGCAGAGCUAUGACCGGUCGUUUGAGGAGUCCACGCAGCACUACUACGAGGGCGGAAACUCACAGUACAGCCAGCAGCAGGCGGGGUACCAGCAGGGCACAGCCCAGCAGCAGACGUACUCCCAGCAGCAGUACCCCAACCAGCAGAGCUACCCUGGGCAGCAGCAAGGCUAUGGGCCUGCCCAGGGCGCCCCCUCGCAGUACUCCAGCUACCAGCAGGGACAAGGCCAGCAGUAUGGAAGCUACCGAGCGUCUCAGACGGGCCCGUCCGCCCAGCAGCAGCGGCCUUACGGCUACGAGCAGGCAAGCCUUCUGCCCGUUUCCAGACUCGCAGCCCCCGCGUGCGUCAGACGUGACGAAGGUUUCCCUGGUCGUCAAGAGAAACAAUAACACAGGGUGAACUGGCACCCAAUGUCCCUCCAGAACGUUUAUUCUCUGAGCCUGUAAGGUUUUUAAAAAUUACGUCUUCGGUCAGACACAGCUGGCUCUGUGUCCUUGUCCUUUCACGCCUUGGGUGUUCCCCGCACGCCUAGCAGCGGCGGGCGUCUGGUGCGCGCUCGGGGGCCCCGGCGACGAGGCAGAUUCCAGAGCUUGUAUCUCGCCUGACACAGCCGGGCGCUGUUGGCGCCGGGAUGGAGCAGCGGCAGGUAGUUCUGAGAAGAGGACCCAGAGGGCAAAGGGACAGAACGACGGGGGGCAGGGCUGGCGUAGACCAGGUCGGGGAGGCCCUCUCGGGCGACAGCGAGGCCAUCAGACCUGAGCAGAGCCGCUCAGGCUCCCAGGACGGCAGGGAGGCCUCGCCCCCCUGACGAGGAUCUGCUCUGCGUGGGGUGGGGCCCUGGAGGCCGUCGGAGCCUUUGGUGACAGCACGGUGGCUGCUGGAGAGAGGUGAGAGGCUCCGGGACUCUAGGUGCUCUCAGAGGUAGUGCCAGCGGGAUUUGCUGGUGGGCUGGACGUGGGGCGUGUAGGAGAGGCAGGUCGGGGCGGCCCCAGGGAUUUCAGCCUGGGCUGCUUGAGGCAGUUGCCGCUUCUCGGGGUGCAGAGGGCUGUGGAGAGGAAAUCAAGCUUAAUUUCAGAUGCCUCUGACUUCCACCUGGAGGCGUGGAGGAGAAGGGCGGUAGAUGAUGGAUGUCGGCCCCUCCUGGUGGGAGAGAAACCCAUGAGGGGUGAAUGUAAGUGUCCGGGGGCCUCUCAGCGGAGGUGCCACGGGGCCAGGACAUGAGGAGGAGGGUGAGCCAGCCUCGGGACGCAGCCGUGCAGAGGUCCUGAGGCGGCCAGGUAUGUCUCAUGCGAGUCGGUCAGGAGGAGCCUUGGCGUCUGCAGCUCAGGGCAGGAGCAGGGCAGCGGGGCAGGAGGAGACUUAUCCUGGGCAUCUUUGGAGCCUCCUUUGAAGAGAGCCCCUUGCAGGGGCUCAUUGUGCAUCGGUGGCCUUUUGUGCUGGGUCAUAGGCACUAAUGACCGUUUACACGGCUAAUGAAACCUCAAGGCACCACAGGGAUGACGGGUGUUUUUCUCAGGUACCUGAAUAGGAAGGUCCUGUAUUUUAUUCUUUUAGAUGCUUCUCACCCUGCUCUCUAAAGAGAGAUCAUGAACCAGUCAUACUUAGAGGAUGAGUUUUCAACACGAGUAAACAAGCCCAGGGCAGGGUAAUUAAGGAGGAAACCUUUUUGACCUUGAAGAGAGCAGUGUGGAAUGUUCCCGAGUGUGCCGGAAGUGGUGCCAAUGUCGUUUGUGGCUGAGGGAGCCCGUCACAGACCUGUUCACAGCAGGCUCAGGGUGGGGACGUGACUUGAGGCACCUGGACCAGGCCCAGCACAGUGAGCUGCUGUGUGACUGGGUGAACCAGCCUCUUCCACCCUCUGACCUAAAUCAGUCGCUGCAGCCUGGAGAGUGGCUUCUGGACGGCCGCUUAUCUGCCUGCCUCGUGGAAACAGGCAGAGGCUGUUUGGUCGCUUGCCUUUUAUGUUCCCUCCACCUCUCAUCCUGGGUGUUGGCGGGGGGGCGGGAGUCUGUCUUACCCUUGGGCGUGGACCCUCUUAUGCAGGACUGUUGGGGUGUAAUCUGUGUCUUGGUCUCUUGCAGGGCCAGUACGGAAAUUACCAGCAGUAAAGGACAAACAUUCUUAUGGAGGCUUGCAGCGGCAUGUCUGUCUGGGAUGGACAGGCCAGUGACAGUUCUGAUGAGCUGUGACCUGCGGGCUGCCCCUUCACCCCACGCAGCGUCUGCAUGUGAAGCGUGCACAUUUCACGUGGGGUAGGACGCCGAGCGUGCACCGCCGGUGCAAGACAGCGCUUUGAUGGUGUGACAUACUUGGUGCUGUGUAUAGUGUUGUGCGUCCAUACGCGGAGAGGUUGUCCCUUUUUGUCCGCCUCCCCCCCGCCGUGUUUCUAGCUAGCUUUAGGGGUCCUUUUGUCAUCUGAGUGUUCUGUGCCCAGUGAUGGGACACCUACAAGAGGCCAUAGUCCACGUACUUGUAUAAACAGACCUUAGGGCUGACACUCCUCCUGCACUGUCGCACCGUGGGUUGUAAACUUGUCUUUCACUGUCCGCACCGCAGCUGGACACGUGUGCACAGCCCCUGGAUGGCAGCCUCUUCCUGUGCCUCGAUGGGGGGGUGGGGGGGGUGGGAGGCAUCUUCUGUGAUUUGCGUCAGUUUCUGUUACACGAUGGAAAGGAUGACUAAGCCUCAUUUGGAGAUGCUGUGAACCGUUAUUUUCAGAGCUCACUCGUUACCUGUGUCUCUCACCAAUUGUGUUUAUCCAAAAAGUUAUAUGUUUUUGUAUUAAAAAGUAAAGAGGGAUCAAUGACUAUGUUCUAAAUAAAUAGGAAUCCAUGAAGGCAAUGAAUGAUUAGCCUUACCCAGGGAGAGUGGUAUUGCUGAAAGAAAGAGAAGGUAGUCUCUGGAAUUACUUUGGCUUUGGCCCUUGUUUAUCUGAUGGUCAUUUCUGGAAUUUUAAUAUUUAAUAUGCCCAAUUCCAAAGUUAUAAUUUAAAAUAUUGACACCAAAUUUUCCAAACUGUUGGCAAGUUGUUUAUUUUAUACCACUUUUUCCAGGACCUACUUAUUCAGAUCUCCAAGCAAGCGUUCCUUUUCUUUUAGGGAUAUCUGAAAUUCACAUCUUAUUUUUAUUUUUUUAAUUUUUUUAUUUUUAUUUAUUUAUUUUUUUGCGGUACGCAAGCAUGUGGGAUCUUCCUGGACCGGGGCACGAACCCGUGUCCCCUGCAUCGGCAGGCAGACUCUCAAUCACUGCGCCACCAGGGAAGCCCCACAUCUUAUUUUUAAAAAGAACACCACUGAUUCUACUGUGUUCUUCCUAAUGAGAAGGAAAGCUCUUAUGGAGAGAAAUUUGAGUCAUUUUUACAUUCCUAGGACAUUAAAUGCCAUUUAAAUUCUGUGCAGACAUUAAAGACAGCUCAUGUGGAAAAGUCAGGUCAAAGGAAAAAUUCUACAUUUCACUAAUAAGUCAUAAGGACAUUUUAUCAACUCUUACCUGGAUAACAAUAUCCAUAUUUAUUAUGACCGCUUUAAAAACAUCUUUGGAUAAAUGCUGACAUAUUUCCAAGACAACCAAGAAAAUAAAAAUAUAUCCAGUUCUUCAUAUAUCAGGUUUACUGAAGGUGAUGUUUUAUUAAGUCUUAAAUUGCAAGUAGUUCUUUAUCCAGAAUUGAAUACUUUACAGUGUAUAAGACAUCUUCGACGUGUUUUUACUGGAAUGAAUUCCCAGUCCACACUGGGAAUAUGGUGGCGAUUACUUGUUGCUGUUUUGCAGAUGAAGCACUACGGCUCAGAGGAAAGAAGGGGCGGGUCGAGUACAAGUCCUGUUCUAGGACCUUCUCCCCUCCUCUGUGGAGACAGAAUCACACAUGCAUUGGGAUAGAAGUGUUUAUUUUGUAGACAUACGGGUUUUUAGAAACCCUUAACACUGGUAAGGGCUUAAAAAUACAUCUCUGUAUUAAAUUACUGAAAUGAGAGUCCUUAACCGCUAAAUGACACAGACAUUAGUAAUUUCAUUUAGGGAGUCAUUUCCCUUGAUUUUGUCCUGUUCUUUCCUGACAAUUUUCAUAGAAUUUGCAAACUCAGUCGGGGAUUAAAUUUUCCCGUUGAAAAUGUUAAGCAUUUCAGAGAACUGUGAAAAUAGUUUAUUUUUAUUCCUUGCCAAUCUGGGAAUAUGCCUUUUAUGUGUGUGUAUGUGUGUUUGUUUUUUUUAAGUGCUGUAUUAAUACUUUUUGAAGGAAAAGGACACUUAAAAAAACUUAUCCCGAAACUUCAAUCUGAAAUGUCUUACAUUAAGAAUUUCUUGAAUGUUGUGUAUAUAUUUUUAAAAGCACUUUGUGAAAUAGUUUGUACAUCUAUUUCCUAAUUUAUACAUGAUUGUCGGUGUUCAUAUAUUUAAUGAUUAAUAACAAAAUGUUUAUUUAACGUGCUGUCCGUUUUUAUGUAAUAUUGUGGGGAAAGUGAUGCCAGCAGCUCGUUUUCGUUCACUGUUUUGUGUCUCCUCUUCCGCAACACGAAUGUCUGCAGACGCUUAGGCCCGAGAGUCGCUCGCGCGGUGCGGUGCGGUCAGUGCCGCCGAGUUGCCACGGCCGAGCCCCGGGCAGGGCGGGCCUCGAGCGGUGACCGGCGCGGCCCGCGGAGGUGCCGACAGCGCCCAGGCCGCCGGCUGGCCCCGCCGCCUCCGGCCCGAGCAUCCCUCGCGCGCCCGCAGCCGCAGCCGGGCCUCGGCGGUCCGUGCGGGGCGGCCGCUCACACUCGAACCGAGAGGAGGGCGUUUCCGUGUGACUUCCCAGCCCUGACUGACCAGGUCACGCCGUCUCGGCCGUGAGCACAGCCCGGUCCCGGACAACCAUCCUCACCCGUCCGUUUCUCUCCUCAGCCGGACUUUGGCGUCUAAGUUGUUUAUGCCUUUGUUGUAAUUAAUAAACUGGCUCUUCGAGAACCGUC